AUGCAAACAUUAGUUAUGGCAUUCAUCAUAAUUUUGUUAUUAGCAUUAUUUUUCAUCAUCAUAUAGCCAUUAGUCCCAUUGCUUUUAUUAAAACUUAAGUUAGGAGACAAAGCGAUUAUAAUGUUUUAUCCAAUUUUUGGUUUCAUUGGCAUUUUUAUGAGAUCAAUAAAAACCAACUAAGAUGUGACGAAAUCGAUAAAUGUAGCCCUUAGAAAUAAUCCAAGAGCAAAGAUCAUACUAUCAAAUUUUCUAAAUAAGCCUUGUAUUAUGUUUGCAGGAACAGAAUAUCUAAAACAAUCCUAUUAAGAUCAUGAUGAUUUUGAAAAACUCGAUCCAUUUAUGCUACCUUCAUUUAUUCAAAAAGGAUUGGUAAUGAGUGAGGGGGAAAAUUGGGAAGAGAUAAAGAAAAUUUUUAGCUCCUGCAUUCACUUUUGA